AUGUCAUCUAAAGAUCAUGGCAGCGAUCUCGAAGAAAGUAGGUCAACCAAAGGCCAAUCACCAAGAAGAAAAUAUGAAGGUUCAAUCUUUUGUUCUUCGCCCGAGGUUGUUGUCCUCAGCCAAAAAGUGUUUGCGGAAACCGUCGGGACAUAUUUCUUGAUAUUCAUAGGUUGUGGUGCAUUUGUUGUCGACAAACAAUUUGGGUCGGUAACGUUUCCUGGAAUGUGUGUCGCGUGGGGUUUGAUUAUCAUGGUCAUGGUGUACGCGGUCGGGCAUAUAUCCGGGGCUCAUUUUAACCCUGCGGUCACCAUCACAUUUGCUAUCUUUCGACAUUUCCCUUACUCGCAGGUACCUUCAUAUAUAUCAGCACAAUUGCUAGGAUCUAUUCUUGCAAGCGGCACAUUGUGCCUGUUAUUUGAUGUUGAGCAAAAACACUUUUUUGGGACCUUACCAACGGGUUCAAACGUUCGUUCGCUUGUUCUUGAGAUCAUAAUAUCUUUCCUCCUGAUGUUUGUGAUAUCUGGCGUCGCGACAGAUAACCGAGCGACAGGAGAAUUGGCUGGAAUCGCCAUAGGAAUGACUAUACUUAUGAAUGUGCUUUUGGCAGGGCAGGUAUCGGGGGCGUCAAUGAACCCCGCGAGGAGCCUUGGCCCGGCAAUAGUCAUGCACGAGUACAAGGGAAUAUGGAUUUACAUAGUUGGCCCGUUGGUGGGCACAAUUGCGGGCGGAUUUGCUUAUAAUUUGAUUAGAUACACGGAUAAACCUCUCAAUGAGAUAGCGAAAUCAUCGACACUUUUAAGAAGUUUUACGAGUCAUCGAUGAUGUUUGGUUUAUAGUUAGUGUCUAGGGCAUUGUAUACUAUUCGAUUGUGUUGUUGGGUUGAUUAAUAGCAUCCCAUCUAAAUACUUGGAUUAAGAAUAUUGUAGAAAGCAUGAAGGGUCAAGAGUCAUAGGAUAAAUUACAAGCCAUAGGUUGAAGUGUGUUAUGAACA